AUGCCUCGGUGGAUCGCCUGGCGCCGUCUUCUCCUAAACCUUGCUGUCUAUGUCCUGAGUUGUCAAGCUGCAUGGGUGCGGAAGUAUCAUUGUGACUCUUCACGGUCCAGUGUGCCGGGGGAGUCCCCAUUCUGGAUUGACAGCCUUCGCGGCUCGUUCGACACGUUCGAUGGCUCGACCUUACUGUCAUUGUCAAUCCUCGGCGUCCACAAUGAAUCGCAGUUUACAUGCAAUGACCUCAACCUGACCGGGCUUGACACGGAAUCGCGCUUUAAUGUGCUCGGUUUCCCCGUCGGCAAGGUCGAGAAUUUUGAGAGCCAAUGUCCCCUCACAAUUACUGAGGCGCUGACACCUCCUGAGGGGUUGCUUUUCUCAAAGUACUUGUUUACGUACUCGUUCGGCAAUACCCACCGGCUGCAGACCCUAGCCAUGGAGAUUGCUUUUAAAACCACUGACGGGUCCGAAAUCGAUUGCGCGGCGGUGAAGAUUACCCCAGACGUUGGGAAAGCUGCCGCUAUAGCCUUUACCUAUAUACCUGCCGCUGUAGUGGUCCUUGUUGCGAUCACUUCGUGGCUAAAGCACCAUAAUAAAGCGGGGGUGAAAGUAGGCUGCAGAGCUGCGUGGGCCAAUCAGGGCCCUAUAUGGGAGAUCAUCCUUGAUAUCACCGACUAUAUACGAUACCUCCAGUUUGUCUUUCUGGCUGGUUCACUUACCAUGGAAUAUCCAGGCUUCUACCAGCCAAUAGUAAGCCAGGUGUCCUGGUCCUCGUUGUUAUAUUGGACAGGCCCUAUUGACCAUGGCUUUACAUACACGGGAGUAGAGGAUGGUAUGUAUGUUAGCAAUGCAUCCUACGGGCUUGAGUACAUGGUACAGAUGCUCGGUUUUCCUCAGAUGCCUGACGUAAUGCUCGAUGCAUUCAUCAAUAUGUUCAUCCUAGUUUCUGGUCUUAUUGUGGUUCUACUGAUUUUAUGCCUAAUAACGUCGGACUCGGGCUACUUGCCUUCGUUAACUGCAAUCCUUUGGCAGGGAGGGUAUAUCAUUCUAGGGGUGACUCUAUCAUUCUUCAGUGUCCCUCUUCUUUCAUACAUGUCAUACGAAUUGAUCCUGAUUGGAUAUCUUCCAAACUACCGCGUCACUUUAGUCACUUUGGCAAUGGUUGCUAUCGUUUGCGCAAAUUAUCUUAUAUCUCGGCAUUUCAAACAAAGGGAUCUGAGCGAUACAUCAGCUGUCUCUGACCAAGACAGUCCACCGACCGACUCAAGCAAAUUACUGCGAUACUUGGAUCAUCUGCCACAUGCUAUUCAACUAGCUCAAGGCAUUAUAAUCGGCGGGCUACAGGACUGGGGCCUGGUACAGCUACUUACGCUUGUUGGGUGUGAAGUCGUUCUCAUUAUCCAUACGGCCAUGCAGCGGCAGGCCAGCUUCUUCAUUUCCAAGACCGCCUGGUGUGCUGCUGUUCGCUUUAUAUCUCUCUUGUUGAGCCUUACAUUCGUGUGUUCCUCGAAUGAGGCGAUGAAACAAUGGGUCGGCUAUGUGAUCUUGUGCCUUCAUGGUGCGGUAAUAAUCUUCGGUUUCCUCCUUAUCUCGCUGUGGGAGUUGUCUCGAGGUGCCUGGAAAAAGGCUAGUGGAAAUAAUGACUUAUUCUCGGACCACUUGAUUGUGAUUCCUCCUCUGAAUCAUGGCAGCCGCUCCUUUCCUCUUCGAGACACUAGUGUCGUCCCCCACGGGAAAGGCCUGAACAACAGUCGAGACAAGCACAGUUUUGACAGCCUGGCCAGCUCCUACCGGUUGGGCUCAACUGGGACAUCCCUUGAACACCCUAAGGAGAGUGACAACUCGGCCACACCUUUCUCCCUAUCACCUCCUGUAGGUAGGCAUUAUGUCACGGACUUCUCCAGUUUCUAUAGAUCCCCACGCCGAAAUGAACCCCUGCCAACCAGAACCGGGUGCGCCAGCCCAGCAUCAGGAUCUGUUGGUUCGCCGGUAGGGUUAAGUUUGAGCGAGGAAUCAUACAGUGGCUCUCGCCCGACUCGAAGUUCUCUGGAUAUACUCGACGAGCUGUUAGAAGUACCCAGCAGACCCGAGAUAGAUUAUUCUGUUAGAGAAUCGGACUUCUACUACGGUAGAUGGAAUAACGACUCUACGUCGCCAUCGACGCUACUUUCGCCGGACGAAAAUCAACCCAGCCGACAGACGUUGCGCCAUUGGACGCACAGAAUGUUGGCGCGGUUCAAAUAUCCCAAGCGGAAGGAGAAAGGGUUCCAGGUAACGCGGCCGCCACGGACCACGUAG